CUAUGUGAACAUGGGCGAAAAAUACGAUCUCGGUGUAAGGAGUGCGGAGGAAAGAGCUUCUGCGAGCACGGGCGCCGACGAUCUUCGUGCCGGGCUUGCGGGGGACGGGAGAUCUGCGAGCAUGCGCGACGGCGAUCAGAAUGCAAGGCGUGCGGUGGGGCGAGCAUCUGUGAGCACGGGCGGCGUCGAUGGUCGUGCAAGGAAUGUCGGGGAGGGAGCAUGUGCAAGCACAGGCUGUUGCGAUCGCUAUGCGGAGUUUGU